AUGGUCGGGCCUUCGCCGUCGGCCGCCGCCCGCCCAUCCACGGCCAAGCCUCCGCCGCCGCUCCACGGCCAAGCCUCUGCCGCCGUUUGCCGCCUCCACGGCCGGGCCUCUGCCGCCUUCCGUCACCCGCCCAUCCUCGCCCUCCUCCGCCGCCGCUCCACGGCCGGGGCUCCAUCCUCCGCUGCCGCCCGCCCAUCCUCUGCCGCCGGCCGCCGUCCGCCUCCAGCCGGUCCUCUUCUCCGCCGCCGCGAGCGUGAGCAGCCCCCCUCCGCCCCUGGCCGUUGCCGGUGCGCGUCGGCUCUGCCUCCCCACAACGUGCGUCCGCUACACGCUUCCCACGACACGCAAGGGGAUCUCUUUCUGCAACGAAUCCCUCACCAAUUUGAGCGUCGAGGACAGGCAUAUCCUUUCCCUGAAUAUGGCCUACGUACAGAGGUGAAAGCUUUAUCAAUUAAUAGGAAGUUUGUGAUUGGAUGGAUGCUCCCAACAACCAGUUCUUCCAAGGACAUCCCCGUGGCUCCGCGACACUCUUUCAGAUUUUGCUAAUGGUCAUAGCUCCAAAUUUCAUCUUGGUAAAUUCAUGUGCUUAACUUUUCUUUUAGGUAAGCUAAGUUUCUCUUCCCGGGGUUUAUAUUGCCUGGACGUUAAUUUUUCUAUUGCCUCAUCUUGGGUCAUACUUUGUGAUACAACCAUCUAUUUUUAUGUGCCUUGGCUUUAUUAUUAUUUAUUUUGAGUUCACUCAACAUAUCAUAAUCUUUUUUUGCUUUAUCCGCAUUUUAGUUCAACAUGCCAUCUUGCAGACAUGGCUACUAUAUCUGUUUGUUUCAAGCAUCAGCGGCAUCCAUGGGCUUGACAACAAUCUGAAGCGAGUAAUUGGUGGUGAGAGAUUUCUGAAUAAUGUAACCUGAAUAAGGAUGCUAUCGUGCUAUUCAUCUAUGUAUGCUGCUAUUGUAGGAACACAAUUUCUGAAUAACCAAAUUGGCACAUUUUCAGAUCAA